UCCGCUGUGCGUCGCGGGAGCCGCCGGACGGCAGCUAUGGCGGCCUUGCGACCCCCGAGGAGGGGCUUGCUUCCUCUCUGCCGCGCCUUCUCCGGCGGCGGCUGCCAGCUCGCCCCCGAGCGCGGCGGUGAGCGCAGGGAUGCUGCGCCGAGGCGGGUCUCAAGAUUCUGCCCUCCAAGAAAAUCUUGCCAUGAUUGGAUAGGACCCCCAGAUAAAUAUUCAAACCUUCGACCUGUUCACUUUUACAUCCCUGAAAAUGAAUCACCAUUGGAACAAAAGUUAAGAGAAUUAAGACAAGAAACACAAGAAUGGAACCAACAGUUCUGGGCAAACCAGAAUUUGACUUUUCUUAAGGAAAAAGAAAAAUUUAUUGACUCAAGACUAAAAGCCAAAGGCCUGGAACUGAGAGCUGAAUCAGUUUAUACCUCCCAGGUCCAAGGAAGUAGCCAGACUGAGGCUCUGCCCAGGCGGGGUUCUGUUGAAGGAGUGAGGCUGCUCCACAGACAGUGCCCAGCAAACCUGAGGGCCAGGCAAAGGGGUCCACGUCCAGGAAACACAUUAAACGUGAACGGCAGGUGGCAGGAGGCGUUUGUGGCAGAGAUGAAGAGGCGUGUGUGGACUUUAUGAAAAGCCUUAACAAAUUUGUAGAAAUAACAAAACACCUGCAGAUGAAUAAUGUGACUACAAGAAAAAAACUCCUCAAACUAAAUUUCACAGUGCGUAUUAAAACAGCACCUAGGGACUUCCCUGAUGGCGCAGUGGCUAAGAAUCCGCCUGCCAAUGCAGGCGACAUGGGUUCGAACCCUGGUCCAGGAAGAUCCCACAUGCCGUGGAGCAACUGAGCCCAUGCGCCACACCUGCUGAGCCUGAGCUCUAGAGCCCGCGAGCCACAACUACUGAGCCCACGUGCCGCAACUACUGAAGCCCUGGCACCUAGAGCCCGUGCUCCGCAACAAGAGAAGCCACCGCAAUGAGAAGCCCGCGCACUGCAACAAAGAGUAUCCCCUGCUCACCGCAACUAGAGAAAGCCCGUGCGCAGCAGCGAAGACCCAAUGCAGCCAAAAAUAAAUAAAUAAAAAAUAAAAAUAAAAAAAAAAACAAACAGCACCUAGGCCUUGUUUUAUGCUUACUGAACUCAAGGAGAUGUUUUCCCAGCUCCUUUUCCAGAAGGAUUUAGUUGCAUGAAGUACGCAUAUGCCAAGAAGCGGGGAAAUUAUGACCACUGAAUAUCUAAGAAUUCAUCCUAUAGGAAAACAUGGGAAGACUUCACUCUGUUCCUUGCAGCAUUGUCUUUCAUUGCCAAACAAUGGGAAGUAUCUAAAUAUCCAAUCAUUUCAGAUUAGAUAAGGCUGUGGUGGCCCACUGCGCACUGGAUGUUCACUGGAAUAUUCUGCAGCAGUCUAGGAAUAUUAUUGACUUAAUUUCAAGUGGGAAAAGUAGAAUACCAUGACGUCAACUCUGCCUGCCCCCAGAUUAAAUCUCGUGUAAGGCAGGCAGUGCUGUGGGAGGGUUCUUGCCUCUAGUUUCUUUUACUGCUGAAGUGUUUAUGCAGCUGGAGCGGGGUGCCAUCAGGAUGGAUUUACUUUAAGUCAGCUGGUAUUUAAGAAACACCCACUCGGUUUUCGGUAAAUGUGUAAUAAAUUAGAUUGUUCUGCCUGUCAUUCUUAGUAUUGCUAAAGUUCCGUAUCACAUUGCAGUGUCGACAGGUGUGGAAUCUGAAUUACUCAGCAAACGUUUAUGGUGCUUCUGCUUUAUGCUGAGCGUCACCUGGGAAUGUUUGGGCAGGACACCAAACUAGACCAGUAGCUGAAGGUGGCACCCCCACCUGUCCUUAGAACCCUGGGGCGCCUGCUGUUCUGCCGGCAGCGGUGACGAGCGCGCCCCUCUGUGCCAGGCCCGUCCCACCUGCCACA